AUGUCUCGCCGCAAGCAGCGCAACCCCCAGCAGCUCAUCUCCGACUGCGAGGGCUCCACGGCCUCCGAGAACGGAGACACCGGAGAUGAGUCGGGCCCCUUAUCGUGCCCCUCCUGCCGUGCCAGCUUCAAGGACCCCCUGGAGCUCUCCGCACAUGUGGAGUCCUGCUGCCCGGAGCAGCCCGCCUGCUCCUCUGCCGGCACUGCGGCCGGCGGGGGCCACGAGACCGCCAGCUCUUCCUCUUCCUCCUCCUCCUCUUCUGCGGAGGCCCGUCCUGAAAGCCCCCCAAGCAUGGAUGUGGAAUGCAGGCCCUUGUCGGCGGAGCCGGGCCAGGAGCCGGCGCCUCCCCCGCCCCUCCCCCCGCCGCCUCCCCCACCUCCUCCCCCUUCCACAGUCCCCGCCGGACACCUCAACAUCCCGCUCAUCCUGGAGGAACUGCGGGUCUUGCAGCAGCGGCAGCUCCACCAGAUGCAGAUGACGGAGCAGAUCUGCCGGCAGGUGUUGCUGCUGGGGUCUCUGGGGCAGGUGGGCUCCCCCGCGCCGUCGUCUGAGCCAGCCCCGGCGGCCACUGUCCCGCCCAAGCCUCCCUUGCCUGUCUUCUCCAUCAAAACCGAGCCGGGGAGGAUCCCCGCCUCCAGCUCCCCCGAGGCGCCCAAGCCGGCUUUCUUCCACCUCUACCACCCUUUCCCCGGCGGGGCCAGGGUGCCCAAGGCCGAGCAGCUCCUGGCGCCGGCCUUCCCCACGGCGACGGGGCUCUUGGCUGCGCAGUGCCUGGGGGCUGCCCGCGGGCUGGAACAGGCGACAUCGCCGGGGCUGCUGCGGCCGAAGAACGGGAGCGGCGGGGACACCGGCCCAGAGGAGAAACCGGGCGGGCGUCACAAGUGCCGCUUCUGUGGUAAGGUUUUCGGCAGCGACAGCGCCCUCCAGAUCCACCUCCGCUCCCACACGGGCGAGCGGCCCUACAAGUGCAACAUCUGCGGCAACCGCUUCACCACCCGCGGCAACCUCAAGGUGCACUUCCACCGGCACCGGGAGAAGUACCCCCACGUCCAGAUGAACCCCCACCCCGUCCCCGAGCACCUCGACUACGUCCUCACCACCUCGGGGCUGCCCUAUGGCAUGUCGGUGCCGCCCGAGAAGGGUGAGGCGGGCGAGGAGGGCGGCGCCCCUCCCCCCGCCACCGAGCGGAAGGCCCUCAGCGCCACCGAGAGCCUCACCCUGCUCUCCGGGGCCUCUCCAUCGGCCGCGGCCCAGGCCCUGCCCGGCUUCAACAAGCUGGUCCUGAUGAAGGCUGUGGAGGCAAAGGGGAAAGGGGAUGAGAACACCCCGCCGGAAAGGGAGGCGGACGGCACCCGGCUUCAGCUGGGGAAGCUGGUGGGCUCGCUGCCCAGCUGGGCCCUUCUGGCGAACCACUUCAAAGCUGGUGCGGCGGCGGCGGUGCCUUUCCCCUACAUCCUGGAGGCCUCGCCCUCGGAGACCUCCAAGCUCCAGCAGCUCGUGGAGAAGAUCGACCGCCAGGGGUCCCCGUCCUCGGGGGCCACCCCCGUUACCGCCGCCCAAGCCGUUGCCGGCUCCUCCUCAACUUCCUCCCUGCCCGCCGCUGGGCCCAACCAGUGCGUCAUCUGCCUGCGGGUCCUGAGCUGCCCCCGGGCUCUGCAGCUCCACUACGGGCAGCACGGCGGGGAGAGACCUUUCAAGUGCAAAGUCUGCGGGCGGGCCUUCUCCACCCGGGGCAACCUGCGGGCCCACUUUGUGGGCCACAAGACCAGCUCGGCUGCCCGGGCCCAGAACUCCUGCCCCAUCUGCCAGAAGAAGUUCACCAACGCGGUGAGCCUGCAGCAGCAUGUCCGCAUGCACCUGGGGGGGCAGAUCCCCAACGGGGCGCUCCUGCCCGAGUCCCCUACCCCCGAAGGGGCCAUCCCGGGAGAAGGGGAGAAGCCGCAGCCGCUCCAGCGGCCCCCGCCGCAAGAUGGAGAGCUGUCCGAGGAAGACGAGGAAGAAGCCACCGAUGAAGACUCCCUAGAGAGCGGGGUGGAGAAGGCGGAGGGACCCUCCAGCCCCGAACAGGAAGCUCCGGGCCCCGCCAAGGAAGGGGAGGAAGCUGGACCGGCAGGAGAGGAAGAGGGAGGUGCCAACGUUGCUUCCCCGUUGGGGGCCGGGAGCUCUCCAUGCCCCGCUCAGGAGGGGGAAGAGAAAACGGAAAUGGAAGUGGAGGAAGGGGGAACCGUGCCGGACGAGGGAGAGGAGGAGCAGGGGAAGGAGAAGGGGACAGCUGGUCCAUCAGAGAAGCCGCAGGGCAGCCAGGCGAAAGAGGGAUCGGCCUUGGCUUGUGGGAUUUGCAAACAGGCCUUUCCAGACAGAGCCGCCCUGCGCAAACACGCACUGACUGCUCACCACCAGGUCACCAUGGGCAGCCCGCCGUGGAGCAGCAACCCGGCGCGACACGGACAGCGCCUGCCCUUGGAUGGCCCCGUGCCCGUCCUGUCGGGGGGGCAGGUGAAGCUGCAAGACUUCCUGGGGCGCGACAUCCCAGCCCAGCUUGUGGGGGUGGGACCCCUCUCUUUCUGGAACCAGUACACAGCCUUCCUUUCCGGAGGCCUCCCAACCAAGUCGGCCCAUGGCUCUGCUGCUUCCGCCUCAUCCUCCGCCUCUUCGUCGGCUUCCGGCAUGGCUGCCCAGGGCCUCUUUGGCUCCGGCAGCAUGCAGGGGAAGGCAGCUCCUGGGGAGGCCAAGGAGAAACCUGCCGCAGGGUCCCUGCUUCUUCUUCCGCCGCCCCCAGCUCCAGAAGGUGUGCCUGAGAACCAAGAGAAGGGGGAGAAGUAA